GAUCCGCGUAAAAUAUCUUCACGCGGCGCUCCAGAGGUCAGUAGCGUGAGUCUCACACUUCGGUUAUAUCAUGUUGAAGAUGAACGGGUGGCAGCGACAGAGCCAAAAUAAAAGCCGGGACCUGAGGAGCGAGUGUUCCAGAAGGAAGUGUAUCUUCAUACAUCACCAUACCUGAAAGCAGAACCCAGUCCAACUACAGACAUGGCAGCUGAGUCCCUGCCAUUCACCUUGGAGACGGUGUCCAGCUGGGAGCUGGAAGCGUGGUAUGAGGAUCUGCAGGAGGUGCUGUCCUCGGAUGAAAAUGGGGGUCCCUAUAGCUCAUCCCUUGGAAAGGAAGAGGGGGAGUCAAAAACCUUCACUACCCUAGACCCUGCAUCCCUAGCUUGGCUGACUGAGGAGCCGGGGCCAGCAGAGGUCACAAGCAGCUCCCAGAGCCCCCACUCUCCAGAUUCCAGUCAGAGCUGUAUGGCUCAGGAGGAAGAGGAAGAUCAAGGACGAACCAGGAAACGGAAACAGAGUGGUCAGUGCCCAGCCCGGGCUGGGAAGCAGCGCAUGAAGGAGAAAGAACAGGAGAACGAGAGGAAAGUGGCUCAGCUAGCUGAGGAGAACGAGCGGCUCAAGCAGGAAAUCGAGCGCCUGACCAGAGAGGUAGAGGCCACUCGUCGCGCUCUGAUCGACCGCAUGGUAAAUCUGCAACAAGUAUGAACAAUUGGGACUAUCAUUCCCCAACUUGAGUGACAUCCUGUCUCUCCUGGACCAUCAUGUCAAUGCCAAGGAUGCUGGGUAGGGAGAACAAAGGUCUCAGCUUGUGUGUAUAUAUAUUGUAGAUUCUUUAUUAUUUUAUUGUCUGUACCCGGUAAAGUGACUUUGUAUAAA